UUGGUGCCAGCGAACAUACUCUCUUAAGCCGAGAGGAAGGUGUGUCUUGGAUGUCCUUCGCCAGAGUUUCAUUUGGGCCGUGUAAGCGGCCCCUUGCUGCUAGAACCUGCUGCGUGGCACGUCGUGCGUCGGCUUCUUCUUCAUGUCCUCUGGCCGACGGGAGAAGGGAAGAACGGCGAUCACCUCGCGCAAGAGCGAGCGGUCCAGCAAAGCAGGGUCCGGGAGCGGUGCAAUGCAGGAGACGGUAUCACCGUUGGUCACCUCCCGGGGCGACCGACACCAACAGCGGCAGCGGCACGUUAUUGAAUAUGGCAGUCGAAAAGGAACAGCAACAGCAACAACGACACCAACGACAACCACAGCAGCAAGCGCAGACGAAACCACCCCCCCUACUGAAGGUUCCUCAGGCAGUGGCAAUGGAGGAGUUCGCUGAUUUGGAGCGUAAGCUCGCCUCGCCGCGGGAGGCACCGAGGAGAAAGACCCCGGAGCAAGUCAUGAUGGAGGAAUUCGCAGCUCUUGAGAGGAAGCUUGGCUCAACACAACAAGCGAGUGCCGGUGCUGCUCAACCCGACGGGCAAUCGAGUCGUGUGAGAAAUACCUUGACGAAACCGGAGGAACCUGAAGCGGAAGAGUGUUGCGGGAACGGGUGCGCGACGUGCGUCUGGAUUGGAUACUGGGAGGAGCUGCAGGCGUGGGAAGAAGCGGAACGCGAGCGCGAGGAAGCGCCACCAUGAAGUGCGGCGGGAAUACUUUUUUGUUGUAUUUCGUUCUGGUGUGUUGCCACCCCCGGAGAUUCACUCUCUUUUAAAAAUUGUCGUUCCGGCGCUACCUGAAGCCAGUCCCCCAGACUAAAAUUGCGUAGCGUUUCCAUCUGUAUUCACCGGAGGAGAAAGCCGGCUGAGGUUUUCGAACCUCUCAACCAUGUAGAUGUCGGGGGCAAGGCUAACUGGGAUUGUCUAUUGGCUGCUGCGUCGGCGACGAGCUUCGCAUAAACACUCAGUGCUGUGUGGCGUAAUGUGGUGUAAGUUGAU